CACAAAGUCUGGUUUUCAACAAUGCUGAAGUCAAACGAUUGCUUUUUUUCCAUGGAUAAUUUGUUUUUCAAUAGUCCAGAUGAAACUGAAAACCUUCCAGUUAAGGAAAAAUCACUGGAUUGGUUUCUCCCUCCAGCUCCACUGAUUUCAGAAAUUCCAAAUACUCAAGAGUUAGAGGAAGAAAUUGAAAGUUGUAAACUAUUAGGCCAAGGAAAGAUGCCAAAAAUGUUAACAUCAAAUUUGAAGAUCAUUAAUGAAGACAAAAAUUGUAUUUCACCACCACAAAAUUUCAAUUUUUCCUGUAAUGUGCAUAAACAGGAUUACCUAAAUUUAGGAGGAUCAAGAAACAAUGACUCAUCCCGUGUUGCUGGCAAGCUGGUGUAUGGCUCUUCUCAGAAAUAUAAAGUUCACAUGGGCACUGAGAAUUCACCUGUAAAGAAUGGUCCUGGUGAUUCAAAAUUUCCUAACACUGCAGAUGAGAGAGGGGAGAGUAUAUCAGCAUUCAAAAAAAGAUUAUUUAGAACAUGUGACAAUAUACAUGAAUGUGAUUAUGGAAAUAUAAACUUAGAUUCCCAUAUCAGCUCAGCAAAACUUGCCCAGACAAAAAUAAGCAAAGAGAAAUCAUGGAACUGUGGCAGUAGUAAGCAGAAACUUCAAUAUUCUACAAAUAAAUUGAAAGCAAAUGAUGCCUUUUCUGCUUCUGAAACUGGAGAAAACAUAUUCAAAGUACCAUCCUUUUCUGUUGCAUCUCAGCCGCAUGACAUUCAAGGUAUAACCCCAAAUGGCUUAGGUUCUUUGAAGGCUGUCACAGAAAUCCCGGCAAAAUUUAGAAGUAUAUUCAAAGAAUUCCCUUACUUCAACUAUAUACAGUCCAAAGCCUUUGAUGAUCUUCUUUACACAGAUAGGAAUUUUGUGAUUUGUGCCCCCACUGGUUCUGGGAAAACCGUCGUGUUUGAACUAGCGAUAACUAGAUUGUUAAUGGAAGUACCAUUGCCAUGGAUCAACAUGAAAAUUGUUUACAUGGCACCAAUAAAAGCUCUUUGUAGUCAGCGGUUUGAUGACUGGAAAGAAAAGUUUGGACCAAUGGGCUUGAAUUGUAAAGAACUUACUGGAGAUACAGUAAUGGAUGACUUGUUUGAGAUUCAACAUGCCAAUAUAAUUAUGACAACUCCAGAGAAGUGGGACAGCAUGACCAGGAAGUGGAGAGACAACUCUUUAGUCCAGCUGGUCCGGUUGUUUCUCAUUGAUGAGGUGCAUAUUAUAAAAGAUGAAAACCGUGGCCCAACUCUUGAGGUUGUUGUUAGCAGAAUGAAAACUGUACAGUCUUUAUCUAGGGCCUUACAAAAUGCUAGCCCUAUCCCUAUGAGAUUUGUGGCUGUAUCUGCAACAAUUCCCAAUGCUGAGGAUGUUGCAGAAUGGCUCUCAGAUGGCGAAAAGCCUGCUGUGUGUCUGAAGAUGGAUGAGAGCCACAGGCCUGUGAAACUGCAGAAAGUGGUCCUGGGUUUUCCCUGCAGUAGCAACCAAACUGAAUUUAAGUUUGAUUUGGCCCUCAACUAUAAGGUUUACAGUGUUAUACGAACAUACUCCGAGCAGAAGCCCACACUUGUGUUUUGUGCAACAAGGAAAGGUGUGCAACAGGCUGCUUCUGUUCUUGUAAAAGAUGCUAAGUUUAUUAUCACUGUGGAACAGAAACUAAGAUUACAGAAGUCUGCAUAUUCUAUAAGAGAUUCAAAAUUAAAAGAUGUCUUGGUGUAUGGUGUUGGUUAUCACCAUGCUGGGAUGGAACUGUCAGAUAGGAAACUGGUUGAAGGACUGUUUACUUCUGGAGAUCUCCCAGUUCUUUUUACUACCAGUACUCUAGCUAUGGGCGUGAACUUGCCAGCUCACUUGGUAGUUAUAAAGUCUACGAUGCACUACACUGGAGGCAUGUUUGAGGAGUACAGUGAGACAGACAUUCUGCAGAUGAUUGGGAGAGCUGGCAGACCUCAGUUUGACACUACAGCUACUGCUGUUAUUAUGACCAGAUUAAGUACAAGAGAGAAGUACAUUCAGAUGUUAGCUUGUAACGACACUGUGGAAAGCAGUUUGCACAGACAUCUCAUUGAACAUUUAAAUGCAGAGAUAGUGCUGCAUACCAUCACAGAUGUGAGCGUUGCUCUGGACUGGAUCCGAUCAACCUUACUAUACAUCAGAGCUCUGAAAAACCCAUCUCAUUAUGGUUUUGCAUCUGGACUGAACAAAGAUGGAAUUGAGGCAAAAUUACAAGAAUUAUGCUUGAAGAAUCUGAAAGAUUUAUCAUCACUAGACUUGAUAAAGAUGGAUGAAGAUGUUUAUUUCAAACCAACAGAGGCAGGAAGACUAAUGGCUUGGUAUUAUAUUACAUUCGAGACAGUGAAGAAAUUUUAUGCAAUCAGUGGAAAAGAAACUUUAUCAGACUUAAUUUCCAUGAUAGCCAGCUGCAAUGAGUUUCUAGAUGUGCAGCUGAGGAUAAACGAGAAGAGAACUCUGAAUACUUUAAACAAAGACCCAAACAAAAUAGCCAUCAGAUUUCCCAUGGAAGGGAGAAUUAGAACAAGAGAAAUGAAAGUAAACUGUCUUAUUCAGGCGCAACUGGGAUGCAUUCCUAUACAAGAUUUUACUUUGACACAAGAUACUUCGAAGAUUUUCAGAAAUGGCUCACGAAUUGCAAGAUGGUUGUCAGACUUUGUGGCUUCCCAGGAAAAGAAGUUUGCUGUGCUUUUAAACAGUGUGAUUUUAACUAAAUGUUUUAAAUGUAAGCUCUGGGAAAACUCUCGACAUGUAUCUAAACAGCUGGAUAAAAUUGGCAUAUCAUUGUCAAAUGCCAUGGUAAAUGCAGGUUUGACUUCUUUUAAAAAAAUAGAAGAAGCAAAUGCAAGAGAAAUUGAACUGAUUUUAAGUAGACACCCACCUUUCGGGACCCAGAUAAAAGAAGCUGUGAUGUAUCUACCAAAGUAUGGACUUGAAGUAGAGCAGAUUGCAAGAUACAGUGAUGCCAAGGCGGAAAUACUAGUGACCAUUCUAUUAAGAAACUUUGAACAGCUGCAAACUAAGAGAACAGCACCAGACUCUCACUAUACUACCUUAAUCAUAGGUGAUGCAGAUAAUCAAGUCAUUUUUAAGCACAAAAUUAUGGAUUCUGUUUUGUUAAAAAGUGGAAAUUGGACUAAGAAAAUUGAUGUGAAGAGAGCUCUGAUAUCUGAAGAUCUUAGCAUAAAUCUAAUUAGUUCUGAUUAUGUUGGUUUUGAUAUUCAGCAGAAAUUUACAGUCUUUUAUCUAGGUGCCAGGAGGUCUGUAAAUCAAACAGUUAUGCAAGGAAGAUUAGAAACAGACAUUUCUCAUCCUAAGUACUCAAAUAGAGCUAUUGUAGCAGGAUCCAGUCAAGGAAUGGCUACCUGCAAAAAACCUGGGAACCGGGAAUGCAAUCAUCAUUGUAAAAAUAAACACACAUGUGGACAUGACUGCUGUAAAAUCGGAGUUCCACAAAAGGCAGAAGUUAAAGAGUCAGCAAUGUCUUCAUAUUUGUCUGACUUAAAAAGCAGAGAUGCCGUCUCGUCUCUUCCUCCAGUUAAACGACUCAAGAUACAGAUGAACAAAUCUCAACAUGUGGACCUUAAGGAGUUUGGUUUUACUCCAAGGCCUUCCCUUUCCAGUAUAUCAAGGUCAGAAUCUUUGAACAUCCCUGAAUCGUCAACAUUGGAACAGUGGAGUGAGCAUGAAGUCUAUGAAAAAAUUAAUCAGGAAUCAUCUGAAUAUCAUGACAAAGGUUUUCUCAGAUGGAACUCUUGUAUAACUUCAAAUGAAAACACCCCUCAGACAAUGAUGUUCAGCAGACACGCUAGAACAUCUGGAAACCACAGUGUUGCAGAUGGAAGAAAGUCUUCUGAGGUUUUGGAUGUGAACUUUGAGCUGGGAAAUGAAGUUUGGGAUGACUUUGACGAUGAAAGCUUACUAGAAGUUAUGAACUUUUCAGCUGGUUCUGAGAAGACAGCCAUGUCAGGAUUUGGAGACUCUUGGGAUUCAAGUCCCAGGGAAAGUAAGCUACGAUUCCAAAAGUCAAGAAGCAAAUUCCAAAGAGAAAUCUCAAACAGUUUUGUUUCAUCACAUGAGAAGCCAAACAUUUAUCUAUCAGAUUGUGCCGUGCCCAAGUUUGAUUCAUCUCCAGUGGCAGAGUUACCUCAACAGGCUGGAAAUGCAAAUCUUGUCAAUUUACAAGAGAGAAGACAGCCAACUCUCUCACCAGAGAUUGAGAGGGUGUGCUUUACCCGCUCUAAGAACACACCACAGUCUCUCAAUUUUAAGGAAGUGGAUAUUUUUAUUGGAAAUGGUGACUCUAAAAAGGAAAUUGAUCUCAGUAAGUAUUAUCCUGAUGAUGCAGCUGAAGAAAUGAAGGCUCUCCUGGGAAUAUUUAACGGCAUUUUCUAAAAACAUAGUUAACAAGCAAAGUAUAUACAUGUCUAAUCCUCCAAAAUACUUAUUUUU